AUGGCCGACAACACAGAAAUCAUAAAUGAGAAUUCCACCACUCAACACGGUUCAGAAAAUUCGAGCCUCACCAUGAAUGAGAAUCCACUCACUCUACACAGUUCGGAUAAUCCGAGCCUCAUCUUGGUUUCCAAAGUCCUUGAACCACACAACUAUGGACAAUGGAGUCGAGCCAUGCGCAUCGGUCUUAGUGCAAAGAAUAAGAUCGGGUUCAUCGACGGAUCCAUUGAGAUUCCAUCACCCACAGAUAAAACUUUUCAUUCUUGGCAACAUUGCAACGAUAUGGUGUUGCCAUGGAUCCUGAAUUCUAUGAGUCCAGACAUUGCUUCCAGCGUAAUUUACAUGGAUUUGACAUCGACUGUAUGGAAAGAUCUCUAUGAUCAGUUUUCACAAGGGAAUGAAUCAAGAAUUAACCAAAUUCAGCAAGAAAUUGUUGAACACCGACAAAAUUCAGAUUCAAUCUCCGUCUACUUCAACAAAAAGAAAGCUUUAUGGGAUGAAAUAGCCUUCUAUCAGGAACCAUUUACCUGUACAUGUGGAGGACUGAAGAAAGUCAAUGAAAGAAUGGAAAAGGAGAGACUUAUGCAAUUUCUUAUGGGAUUAAAUGAAACCUAUGCUGCAGUUAGAGGAAGCAUAUUAAUGAUGAGUUCACUGCUGGAUACUCGAAAGGCCUUUUCCAUAACCCUGCAACAUGAACGGCAACUCGACGUCGCCUCAUGA